GCUUCAACCGCACCGACGUAGCCACUCGCUUACCCGCACCACCAUCACCACCGACACCGGCUACGGUGUACACCGACGGAAUAUCAAGGCAAGAUGGCGACAGAGGCUCAGUUCGAGUACGAGUCGAUCCUCUGCGUCAAACCAGAAGUCAACGUGUACCGAAUACCACCGCGAGCAUCCAACCGGGCCAUCAGGGCUGCUGAUUGGAAGCUGGACACUCCCGACUGGUCGGGACGCAUGCGAGUGGUAGCUCGGGGAAAGGUGGCCUACGUGAAACUAGAGGACAAAAUAUCUGGGGAGCUGUUUGCCCAGGCACCAGUAGAUGAGUACCCUGGCAUUGCAGUGGAAACAGUGAGCGACUCGAGCCGAUACUUUGUGCUCCGUAUCCAGGAUGACAACGGCCGCAGCGCCUUCAUCGGAAUCGGGUUUGGAGACAGAGGUGAUGCCUUCGACUUCAAUGUUGCACUGCAGGACCACUUCAAGUGGGUAAAACAGGAAAAUGAAUUCAGCAAACAGGCACAGGCUCCGGACUCCGCUCCUAAGCUUGACUUGGGCUUCAAAGAGGGACAAACCAUCACACUCAAUAUUGGGCAAUCCAAAAAAAAGGAUAGGACUCGUCCACAGAGUUCCGGUGGUCUAGGACUCCUUCCACCUCCCCCUGGAGGCAGGCUAGCGCCGCCCCCAUUGUCCCGAUCUAAUAAUCAUAACACGCAGCCAUCUGGGGGAGGAAAUGACACAGGUUGCCUGCUGGAUCUGGACUCCAGCAACUCUAACUCGGUGGCUCUGUCCGAUCCACCAAUGACGGCCAGCUCAGACCUGUGGGGAGACUUUGACUCCCCGAAGUGAGCAGAGCGCCACUCGGCUCUUUCUCCCUCUUCUUUCUCUCAGUAAUAUUAUGCAGCACUUUUGGCAUCGUUGCGUUCCCCUUUGAGGGGGUCCCUACUGCUCCCUGCUGAGCAGGGUAAACCCUCACCUACCCCCCACUUCUUGUGCACUGUACUAAUCAGUUUAAGUUCUAAUGUUAGUCUCAAGCCUAACACUACACCCAUCCAUGUUAUUUGUUAUUCAUCUCCUUUUAACUGUGAACAUUAUAUAGAAAUAUCAUGAAGGAAAUGUAACAAUGAAUGCAGUUUAUGUACAGAGUAUUUAUUUUCACUGUAUAUAUAUCCCCAGUUGUCUGUGCGUCAUCUGUGUUGUAGCUUCUUUUUUUUUUUUCCCCCUUCCCAGGGCUUAUUAUAUGCACACUGUCUGUCUGUCAGUGCGUAUUAUUUCAACACUGGGAUUGUUCUACUAAUCUUAUACAUGAGGUUUACCACCAUAAUCGUCUACUUGAAAGAAACCUUGUUCAACUGGAGUGGGUUCCCCUAGUGGGGCUGCUCUAUAGCCCCUUAUAGUGGACUCUUGAAGCAUGACAGCAAUACUUGUUGUGUAGACAUGAUGGAGCAGCUGCUUUUUUUAAAACAAGCAGCCGUCGUAAAUCAGUUCAAGUUGUGAAGAAGGCAACCAAGUUGGAUGCGUUCCGGCCGACUUAAAAGGCUCAUGAUUUAGUGGCUGUGGAUGUAAGCUAAGCUCGGUCACGACCUGUGUCCUUCUUAGUGAAGUCAUAGCCUGUCAUUCUUGGAGUUAGUCGUCAUCUAACAACCUGAAAGGCAGCAUGUUGUGUGGUACCGACCAGAUUUGAACGCCAAGUUUUUGAUGUAAAGUUUUUAGUUUUUGAUUGAUGCCUUGUUGGGACCAAGCUUUUGUUUGUGAAAGGAAUUGUGGGCUUAUUUGUUUUUUGGUUAUUGUGAUAUUGUUGUGUACAAGCAGAUGGAUUAUGUUGUUUCACAAUGCCAAUGGAUGUCGAUUGGUACUUGCAGACAUUAACGCUAACAAAAUGUUUUACCGUCUAAUGUGAUUUGUUGUGUAUGGAAGUCAAUAUGCAAAGAUAAAUAUAAGACAGAAACAACACAACUUAAAAUUGUGUGUAUUUUAUUUAUUCAACAAAGGAAAUGUGGGCAUAAACAAAAUCAAGUGUCGGUAUAAUUGAUUGGAUACAACAGCGUGCGUAAUACGUAAUGGAUUAUUAGUUAGCACCUUACAAUGUCAAACAAUGAGUCUUUGUGCAAAUCAUAUAGCAUAUGGUCCUUCAGCAUUUCAGCUCUUUCAGCAUUUAUGCAAUAUCCAUGAUAUCCAGUUUAAGUUCCAUGUACGAGUAUGCUCUUUGUCCUCACUAGUACAACAAUUCGGCCCACUGGUAGAACAACUGUGUCUUACGAGUACAGUUUUUUUUCCACUACCAGUGCCACUUUUGGCCGACUAGUACACAAUCUGCUAUAUGCGGAACGUCACAGGUUUGCGGUCUUCCUGUGUAUGCUGCGAUGACGAGCAUAACUACGGGCUGACGACAUGACUCUUUGAAGCCAAAAUUUCUAAUAGCCAUUCUUGGCCUACAUGUAGGCAAUUAACACUUAAAUGUAAACUAUGGAAAGCCGUCUGAGCAUUUAUUCGAUGAUGUCCAGCUUGGGUUAAUGUAAUAGUAUGCUCUUUGUCCUCACUUAUAGGACAACUUUGGCAUACUAGUAGGAUGACUACAUGCUACAAGUGAGGCCUAACUUCACACCACUUGACAAUGACAAACUACCAGUGACAUCAUAAAACUUGACUAGUUAAUAUUUGGUGUAGAGGUGCAACAAUUAAUCGAUUAACCGACAACUGAUUGAUUUACUAUUUAUUAUCUAUUUAGAUUAAUAAUUUUCUGACAGACCAAACAGGUCACUGAAUCAUAAUUUUGUUUCUGCAGUUUCUGCUCUGUCAAUUUGAAAUAAUGUCCUAUUUUUUAGUAAAGGGAUGAACAUUUCAAUUCAUCGAUUAAUCGAAAAAAUAACCAACAGAUUGAUCGAUUAUCAAAAUAGUUGCAGCCCUAAUCUAUUGCUUCAUUACUAGUACUAGUAGUGUGCAGAUGUCAACUAGUGCACAGUUUUACCUCACUAGUAUCAUGAUGUCCUACUAGUGAGGGCAAUAUGUGUCCUAAUACAUGGACUCUAAACUGGAUAUAAAAAAACUGCUCAGCUUUCCAUAGAUUAUUAGUAAGGUUUUAUUGUGUACUAGUAGCCCAAAGUGGCACAAGUUCUGUUAUAAACGUUACUAAUAAGGCAGUCACAGUAGUAGUGCGUUGGAUCAUAACAUGGACGUCAAGGAUAACAAAUACAUUUCCAUUUUAAUUUUGUUCAAUUGUGUACUUGUAGGCCAAAAGUGACACUAUUAGUGGAAAAAAAAAACAUUAGUAAGAGAGGUCGUUCGUUCAACUAGUACACUCUAUUCAUUAAACUAGUCAACUGAAUAGUCUUACUAGUGAGGACAAAGAAUAUGCUAAUGAAAGACUAAGCUGGAUAACAUGGAUAUCAAAUAAACGCGCAAAUGGCUACCUAUACACUAAUUGGCAAAAAGUGGCACAA